AUGGCGGAAGUGGUAGAAGUGAGGACGAUGCAGCACACCUGUGUGACCUGCGGAGUUCGGUUUGCAUCACAAAACCUUCAAAGAGAUCAUUACAAAUCCGAAUGGCAUCGAUAUAAUGUUAUGCGGAAGGCGGCCGAUUUGAAAUCCGUUUCUUGCAUCGAUUUUGAGGAGAAACUCAUUGCCCAACUGAAAGUUCGUACCUCUGAAGAGGGUAAGCCGAAGAGCUACUUUUGUUCGCCGUGCAACAAGUCCUUUCAAAGCGAAGAGACGUUUGACAACCACAUGAAGUCGAAAAAGCACAAGGUUCAACAACACAGGGUUGAAUCUGAGUCUUCGGAAGAAGUGAAGGAUGAUGAACCGUUACCAGAAGGGCGAACAACUCACUUGUUGCCUGACGCUGAAUCGGCGCCAAGAGGUAGAGUAUAG